AUGCAUGCUCAAGGUGUGCUCGGUAGUUUGACAGCGGCGUCAGUCGCCAUGGCGCAAGACCUCACCAAUUACGUAUUGCCGAAUACUGGAGAUACAAAUGGAGGAAAUACAUUCCCUGGAGUCAGCCUGCCACUCGGUAUCGUGAAGCUUGGCCCAGACCUAUACACCGGCUCGGACUCGUACUCUGGCUACCAAGCUGCUGGCAACUUCACUGGUUUCAGUAUGCUCCAUGAGAGCGGAACGGGAGGUGCACCCAAAUACGGCGUAGUCUCGCAGAUGCCAGCUAUUGGUGCCAUCGAGAACCCACUCCUCGACCAUAAUGAUACACGAGCGGCGGUAGAUACAACUAGAGUUGGAUACUACAAAUCUACUCUGGGCAGUGGCACAAUUGUGGAACUUGCCGGGACCACACGUGCUGGAUUGUAUAACUACACAUUUCCUAGUUCCAGCACUUCUUCGAACAUCAUUGUCGACGUGUCUCAUGUUUUGUCUUCAUACCGAGGUCAAGGUUUGGGACAGAGCUAUGUAGGAGGCAACAUCACAGUCAUACCGUCUACAGAUGAAUCAUCAUUAAGAUACGAGGGUUCGGGUUCUUAUAAUAACGGCUGGAACCGCGCUCCGAAAUGGACUGUGUAUUUCUGCGGGUAUUUCGAUCAGCCAGCAACAUUUAAAACCUUUGUGGGCACGGCACCGCUAGUGACAACUCUAGCAGCGUAUGAUGAGUCAACAAGUGUUUCCUCAGAUGCUCGUCUUGGAGCUGUGUUCUCCUUUGACUCAGCGACAAGGGUCACCUCGAGAGUUGGGGUUUCAUUCAUUUCGUCAGCUCAGGCUUGCCGUAAUAUUGAUGAUGAGAUACCUCUGGAUGCAACCUUGAAUACCCUCGAGCAGGAUGCUCAGGCUGCUUGGAACGAUGCAGUCUUGUCGAAGGUUACAACUACAGACACAUCAAGUAUAACUAACCUUCAACUCUUGUACAGUUCUUUAUAUCAUAUGAACAUCAUUCCAACAAAUAAGACCGGCGAGAACGCGUUGUGGAAAUCCACUGAGCCAUACUACGACGAUACCUUCACGCUGUGGGAUCUUUUUCGGUGUACGACUUCUCUGUUCCAUAUAAUCCAACCGGAUGCCUACGAAGAGUUCAUCAGGUCCCUUGUAGAUAUUUGGCGCCAUGACGGCUUCAUGCCUGAUGCACGGUCAUCCUUCUUCAAUGGGGCAACUCAGGGCGGUUCGAACGCAGAUAAUGUACUGGCCGACGCUUACGUCAAGGGCGUUCGCGGAGCUAUCGACUGGGAUGAUGCGUAUUCAGCUAUGGUCACCGAUGCCGAGACAGUACCUCCCAAGAAUAACGAUCCACGGGAUCUGAGCUCUUCAACUAGAGAGGGACGUGGAGCUUUGCCGGACUGGCUGAAAUACGGGUACAUCACCACGACUUACGGCCGCUCUGUCAGUCGGGCUAUCGAAUAUGCCGGAAAUGAUUUUGGUCUGUACCAGGUCGCCUCAGGGCUUGGCAGGGUCGAUGAUGCUGCCAAGUAUCUCUCUCGCUCUCGCAACUGGCGCAACCAGUGGAACACGGACAUGGUCUAUGAGAACUUUACUGGCUUCCUCGGCCCCAUCGACCCCAACGGAGGCUUCAUCGACCAAGAUCCCGCGUCGUGCGGUGGCUGUUAUUGGGGAAACUACUACUACGAGGCUUUGCCCUACGAGUACUCUUUCAAUGCACACCAUGAUAUCGAGCACCUGAUCUCGCUUUGUGAUGGUACUGAUGCGUUUGUUUCCCGGCUCGAAACCUUCUUUUCUAGAGGCUUCUUCAAUGUCGGCAAUGAGCCUAGCUUCACUACGCCGUAUCUUUUCAACUUUGUCGGGCGCCAGGAUCGGACCGUGUACUACACACGCUACUACGCAAAGAAGUACUAUGCUCCCACACCGACGGGGCUCCCUGGAAACAGCGAUGCCGGUGCUAUGGAAAGCUGGAUAUUAUGGGUCAUGCUGGGUCUUUAUCCCGUCACAGGCCAAACGACCUUUUUGAUCGGCUCACCAUGGUUUAAUGAAUUGACAAUUCACCUAGGAGGGGACAAGGAACUUCAGAUCACCACGACCGGUGGAAGCGACAAUGCAUACUAUGUGCAGAGCUUAAAGGUGAACGGAGAAAACUGGGACAAGGCCUGGGUUACUUGGGAUGAUGUGUUUGCGAACGGAGGCACAAUGGAGUUUGUUCUCGGCACAGAUCCAGUUCAAUGGGCAACAGGAGCAGCCCCUCCGAGUCCAGCCACUGGAAGCGCCAGUGGGAGUACCAGUUCUACCAGCAGGAUCAAAAGGGCGGUUCAAUAG